AUGUUUGCCAAUCCGCACAGUAACCUUCACGAGCGGUAUCGACAACAUCGCCGGCAGAUCUCAACCCCCAAUGUCCUGGAAGCCGUCAAAGUACCUACUCUCCCGGCGCAGGCUUUGCAGCGCAUCCAGGCGCAUCGUCGGGGACAGAGUCUCGAUCAGCGAUCUGUGCAUGCCCAACGAUCUCGUCCCAUGCAAGAUGGUGGUCCUUCCAUUACUAACCCAGCAGUGCCUCAGCAACCCCAGAUGGUUGCCGGGGGAGCGCCUCAUCAGCAAUUCCCUCAAUCGUCGCAAUUCCCCCAGCAACUUACCCCCAUGCCUAUGAUGCCCGAAUGUCAGUCGUUUCCCUCCGACGAGUUGCAGGCGUUGUCCGGACAGAGCAUCAACGUGAAUCAACCGGACAUGGCUUAUAUGAUUCCAGACUUCGUCAACAUCGGAAAUCAUUGCGUUGGGAACCGACCCAUGGUCAGCAACCUCAAUCUGAUUCAACAGCAGCAACUGCACAAUCCCCAUAUCAUUGCAAACAGUGCGCUCGAUGGCCAGAUUCUCGACAACAGCGCUUUCAAUAUCUAUCAGCAUGGCCUUCGACCCCAGACAAACAAUCUUUCAGUGGAUACACGACGAUUGUCAGUUCACUCGGAUGUAAGCCCCUCGCAUCAGCCACAUACGCCCAAGCAGACGAAUUCGCGUAAGUCCACUGUCUCUCCAUGGCGAAUCCUGAGUCCAUCAACUCCCGACUCACGACUGGAAUCAGAAUAUUUCCCGAUUACCCCAGCAACAACUCCUUUCAAGAAAACAGCCGAACUUGCUCAGUAUAGCACGGACGUCCAGACAACUCCCUCCAAGGAGCAACGCUUUUCGGCCGCUCAGGCGGCCUACAUGCAGCGGGCCAAGUCCCUUCAGGGCGUGGCCGGAACUACCUUUUCUCAACCAAAGAUCGAGAUGCUUUCCCCCCAUAACACAGGUUCGUUUGAAAUUGAGAGUUUUAAUACUUUUGGCAGUCAGCAGGGUUCCACUUUUGAAUUUUCCGAGUCAGAGAAUUUGUCGCAAGGCCAGUAUGCCUCGUCGUCAGCAACGUCAUCCUUCCAAUCCUCCCCAGAGCUAGCGGCCAUGCCAAGCCCCGAGGACCAUAACGAAAAGGCGCACAAGAUCCCCAUCUUCCCAGCCGUAUCCAGCCGUAUCAGUCACAAGAAGACUUUGAGUCUUCCCGCUAGCACUUCGCCGGCGAAACCCAAGCUUUCUCCCAGAGUGGCGUCCAUAGACAACCUGAACCUCGAUGCCCGUGUGCACGCCUCAAUCAAAGAGACCGGUGUCACCAUUGACGAGAUUGCUUCCUACAUCUCCGGCCCGGAUCCAGAGGAUGGAAAGUGGGUUUGCAUUCACCCUGGUUGCGAGCGGCGGUUUGGAAGAAAAGAAAACAUCAAGUCACACGUCCAAACACAUCUGGGAGAUCGCCAGUAUAAAUGUGACCAUUGCAACAAGUGUUUCGUCCGCGGACAUGACCUGAAGCGUCAUGCUAAGAUCCACACUGGAGACAAACCGUACGAAUGCCUUUGCGGGAACGUUUUCGCUAGACACGAUGCUUUGACCCGCCACCGACAGCGAGGCAUGUGCAUCGGUGGUUACAAGGGAAUUGUGCGCAAGACAACAAAACGCGGUCGUCCUAAGAAACACCGGCCGGAGAUGGAUGAAAGGCAGGACAAAGCCGCCAAAACACGCCAGCGAGUCGCUGAUAAGACAUCCUUUGACUCCUUGUCUGGGACAGAUGUUGCGCCGAAUUCACCACCAUCCGAAGUUCUUGAGAACAUGAGCCUACACGGGGAUCCAAGCCCAAAAGAAGAGAUGCCCGCGUUCAACCAGCCCGAUUACUCGUUACCACCCUCUGUUUUCACCUUCACGCCUCCUGCAUCGCCAGGGCACAACCUUGGAAACCGGCCAUCACCGAAUCAGAGUUACCGGUCUCUCACGCCCAGUAGUGAAGAUGAAAUGCUGCCUUCGUCGCCUAUCAAGCGGCCUCUAGAGAGGAUCGCCGAAGAGUCGGGGUUGCCUUAUAUCGAACAUGCAGAUCUCUAUACUGAGAUCGCCACUUCUGCUGCUGAUCUGUCGUCUCCACACACCGCUCCUACCUUGGCCGAUUCAUGUCACGGCUCUGAUCUCGAUAUCUUCAUCAGCCCUGACAGCUCUGCGAACUUCAAACAUGAAUUCCCUGAGCUGAGUGACAUGGCCGCUUUCCCUGACUAUACGAAUACCUCUACCUUCGACGCCGGACUGGACCUCUUCUCAAGCAAGAACUUCUCCACUGUUCCUUCAAUGAAUGACGAUUUCUUCUCCUUCCAAUUCCAGGCUGACGACCAACCCUUGGAUGUCAUGGCCAAGGAGUUCUUCGCCGACUGA